CAAGCCUUGCAGCCAGUUAUGACAAAUGUGGAGAUGAGCUGCUCUACCCAGACUACUGACAAAAUAUCGCACCCAUCAAUGAAUGACACAGAGAUGAGCUACUCAACCCAGACUACUCGCAUAGUGUCACAUCCAUCUUUGAACGAUGUUGAAAUGAGCUGCUCUACCCAGACUACUGACAAAAUAUCACAAUCAUUAUUAAAUGACACAGAGAUGAGCUAUUUAAUCCAGACUACUCGCAUAGUGUCACAGCUGUCUGUGAACGAUGUAGAAAUGAGCUGCUCUACCCUGACUACUGACAAAACAUCACAGCCACCAUCAAAUGACAUGGAGAUGAGCUAUUUAACCCCUACUACUCACAUAGUGCCACAGCUAUCUUUGAACGACACAGAAAUGAGCUGCUCUACCCAGACUACUGACAACAGUAAUGAUGCAUAUUCCCAUGGAAGAAGUAAUUUCACUCGAAAUCAUGAAAUCAAUGCCAACCUGCUACAGAUGCAAGAAGUUGAUUUACAACCUGAUAUUCCAGCUAAAAUAAGAAAAUGUAGUGAUGAAAUAGAUCUUCAAGCAUGUAUUCUAGAUGAAGACAUGCUAUAUUACUUCAAACAUGACAUUCCUAUGACAGGUCCAUCAAAACAUGUGUUGUCUGGAGAUGAAAAUGAUGAAGGCUACACCAACAGUUUAAGUGAAACUCUUGAAGAUAAACAUGUUAUUGAAAAUACUGAUAUCUCCGACUUAGUGGACUAUUUAAAUAAUAAAAAAUCAUGGGAAGAUUUGGAAAAGGCUGAACCAGGCAGCAUGCAAACUUGGGACACAGGAUACUUCUCUGAAGUUGAGAUGCAAGAAAUCUAAAUCAGUUCUAACAGUCGCCAUGUGGUGCCACUCAAUGCUGUCUUUGUCUGCAAUACAACUGAGUUUAAAUAUAUAUGGAGAAUUGCUGCAUCUUUUUAUUUAUCAUAUUCAUUUUCAUCUUUUAAGUUGUCAACAUACAUUUACAUUUUCUUUAUCAGCAAGACAUGUAACUUCUAUUUACUCUAUUUGUUAGACAUAUAACGGUAGUUGAAAAUUAUCGCAAAUGAAAUUAUCAAAAACAUGUACCCGGUAUUAGUUGUACAUCCUUAUAGGAUGAUAUGUAUAUAUACGCUAAAAUUGUAAUUCAGAUUCAUAUACAAGCAUAUUUACACGUGCUUCUCAUUCCAAUUAGCUUUGUUAAUAGCAAAUUUCAGUUUUAGUCAAUUUUACUUUUAGCUUGACUAUAAUCCAAUGUUAAAUUACUCAAUAACAAAAUAUGAAUAUAAGUACAUUUUAUAAAUGUGUUAUUGAACCUGUGUAGAUAACUAGCUCUUACAAAAUUAGUUACGAUUAUAGUAGAGAAUAAAUACUGCGUUUGUUGCCAGAAACAAAUUUCAAAUAUAAGCAUACAUAAACCACCAAUUUACUGUAAUGCUGGAUAA